GUUUUAUGUGGUAACUGUCAAAAUCCAUAUCGGUGCGUUUCUCUUUUGUUUGGAAUUAUGCAUUUGUCGGGCAGACCGAGCGCUUUGUGGAUUUAUGUGUCGGUCGUGCUGCUGGAUUGGUGCUGGGAAGCGGUGCUUGGACAGCUGUCGUAUUCCAUCUCAGAGGAGGUAAACCUUGGAGCUCAUGUUGGGAAUAUCGCUAAAGAUCUCAACCUGGAUGUGCGGGAUUUGGAGUCUCGGAUGUUUGAGAUUGUUACUGGGACAAAGAGGAAAUACUUCGAGGUGAAUCUAAAGACGGGUGUGCUGUACGUUAAUGAGAGAAUAGACCGAGAGGAACUCUGCGGCAGCGGACUAAAAUGCUCACUGCUCGUAGAAGCUGUUAUUAAAAACCCUUUAACAUUCUACCGUAUUGAAAUGAUCAUUUUGGAUGUAAACGAUAAUUCUCCAUCUUUCGUUAGCUCAUCGCAGAUCAUUAAUAUUACCGAGAGCACCGGAGCUGGAGCGAGAUUUCCACUGCAACGAGCGCAAGACGCAGAUGCAGGUAAAAAUUCUAUAAAUGCCUACAAGCUGAGUCCAAACGCGCAUUUCUCUCUGACGACACAAAAGGAAGAGAGGAUCACUCCCGAACUGAUUCUUCAAAAGAAUCUAGACAGAGAAAAACAGUCCGUGAUUCGACUCACACUGACAGCAGUAGAUGGAGGAACUCCUCCUAAAUCAGGCAGCGUGAAUAUUGUAGUGAAUGUUCUGGACGUGAAUGAUAAUCCUCCUGUAUUAAGUAAAACGCUGUACAAAGCAAGUAUGUCUGAGAAUUCAGAAAUUGGCACAUCAAUAAUUACAAUUAAUGCAACUGAUUUAGAUGAAGGCCCAAAUGGACAAAUAUUUUAUUCCUUUAAUGACGUAGAGCAGGUGAUAACUGAUCUGUUUGAUAUAGAUGCAAAAACUGGAAAGAUAACUAACAAGAAAACUAUUGACUUUGAAGAAAAUAAUGUUUUUGAGAUUCAAGUUCGAGCCAGUGAUGGGGCUUAUUCUCCACUAACUUCACAUGCUAAAUUACUGAUUGAAGUUUUAGAUGUUAAUGAUAAUCCUCCUGAAAUUUCUGUUACAUCGCAUAUAAACACAGUCAAAGAGGAUGCUGCCAUUGGUUCAGUAAUUGCUCUUGUUUCAGUGCUGGAUAAAGAUGGAGGUAAAAAUGGCGUGGUGCACAGCAAAAUUAAAAACAAUGUUCCUUUUAAACUGCAAUCAAAUUAUAAGAAUUACUAUGCACUGGUGGUGGAUGGGCCUCUUGACAGAGAAACUAUAUCUGAAUAUGAAAUCAGCAUCACUGCGACUGAUGAGGGCAGCCCACCUCUUUCUAGCACCAGGAUUAUUACUGUGGAGGUAUCUGAUGUAAAUGAUAACAAACCUGUGUUCCCAGAUGAGUUAGUCAAUAUAUAUGUGAAGGAGAACAGUGAAAUUGGAGUCAAUAUUAAAACUGUGUCAGCAAGUGAUGCUGAUGUUGGCAAAAAUAGUCAUGUGACCUAUUCGAUUUUACAAAAUAGUAAUCUUGCAUUAAUGGUGGCUGCAAUGAUAAACAUCAACUCAGAUACUGGAGAAAUAAUGAGUUUACAGUCUUUUAACUAUGAGGAGUUAAAAACUUUCCAGUUUAAAGUUCAGGCCACAGACUCUGGUGUUCCUCCACUCAGCAGCAACGUGACUGUGAACGUUUUUAUCCUGGAUGAGAACGAUAAUAAUCCCUCCAUUCUUCCUCCCUAUUCUGAGCACAGCUCAGUGAACAGUGAGAACAUUCCCUAUUCUGCUGAAUUGGGAUACUUUGUGGCAAAGAUCAGGGCUGUCGAUGCAGAUUCUGGAUAUAACGCACUGCUUUCUUAUCACCUCUCUGAGCCCAAAGGAAACAAUCUGUUCCGGAUCGGAACCAGCAGUGGAGAAAUCAGGACUAAGAGGAGAAUGAGUGACAAUGACCUGAAAAGUCACCCGCUGGUGGUGCUGGUUUGUGAUCAUGGAGAACCCUCUCUGUCAGCUACUGUGUCUGUUGAUGUAGUGGUGGUUGAAAGGACAGCAGACAUCCAGACUCAGUUCAGACAUGUGCCAAUAAAGGAGGACAGCUUCUCUGUUUUAAACCUCUAUCUGCUGAUCGCCAUUGUAUCGGUGUCAGUGAUCUUUCUGCUGAGCCUCAUCAGUUUAAUAGCUGUCAAAUGCCACAGGACAGAUGGCAGUUUCAGCAGGUACAGUGCUCCAAUGAUCACCACCCACCCUGAUGGGAGCUGGUCUUAUUCUAAAUCUACUCAGCAGUAUGACGUGUGUUUCAGCUCAGACACACUGAAGAGCGAUGUUGUGGUUUUCCCCACACCGUUUCCACCUGUAGAUGCAGAACUGAUCAGCAUAAAUGGAAGUGACACUUUUACACAGACUCAGACUUUACCCAGCAAAGACAAGGUAAGAAAAAUGUGUGGAAAUUAUUGA